AUGGAGAAGACCACUGGCGUGUUCGGUAGAAUCUCGGUCGUUGCGAUGGAGACGAGAUUCGAGCUCGUUAUGGAGCUCGCUGGUGAGGCUAGUGAACUUGACGCAGAGCCGGAAGGCGUAACAGAAGGGGAGGACGAUGCAGGAAAUGAAAGCGCCGGUGAGGUAGUUGAAGCACCCGCUGGCGAGCUUGACGAGGAGCUGAGUGUGGAAAAGGCUGGCGAGGAAGUUGGCGAAGACGUCGAGCUUAGUGAAUUGGGCAAAACCGUAGACAAGGAGGUCAACAAUGAGGGGGAUGAUAAGGAAGGCGGGGCGGACGAGGAGAAGCUUGAUGUCAUCGUGGACCGGGAGCUUAGAAUGGCUGUCGUGGGCGAGCUUAAUGAUGAGACCGACGGGGAGAUCAGCGGAGAGCUUGAUGCACUUGAACUAGAGAUGAUAGUAGUUGUUGACGGCGGCAGCGAUAUGGACAGAAUGCUCGUCAAGGUGGUUGAAGGCAAGGUGAUGACCGGGGUGGAGCUAGACGGCAGUACCGGGGGCAAAGUCACAGGUGUGCUUGUUACGCUCGUGCUUGGACUAGGUUCCGGGGUGAAGGUGGUUGAAGCAAUCCUGGAUGUGUUUGUGAAGGGGAACGGAGCCGUAAGAGACGUUGACGUUGAAGAGGUUGAAGACCUUGUCGAACUACUUGAUGAGCUUGUAGAACUUGAGGAGCUUGUGGUCGAAGAAGCUGACGUUGAUGGAACCGCAAAGCUAGAGCUUGAGCUGCCAACGCUGCUGGAGCUGCUGGAGCUGCUUUCAAAGCUUGAGCUUGUCGUACUGCUGGACGAGGAUGAGGGCGAAGUUGUCGAGGUUGAAGUGCUAGAUGGACUAGUGCUACUUGAACUACUACUGCUCGUUGCCGACGAUGUAGGAGAGGGAGUAAAGGUUGAACUUGACGAGGAGGUUGACGAGUUUGAGGUGCUUGAAGAUCUCGAAGAACUGGAAGAUGUCGCGGAACUGCUUGAGCUUGAACUAGAUGUAGUUGAAGAGAUCGUCGAGUUGGAAUAUGUACUUGUCCUGGAGCUGCUAGGGCUUGAUGAAGGUGAUGAGGUAAUCAAAGAAGUAGAAGACGAGCCUGCGCUAGUUGAAGUCGUCGAGGAGCGCGUAGAUGUUGAUGAUGAAGAGGCGGAGGAGGAGGAGGAGGAGGAACUUGUUGUAGAGGAUCUACUAGACGAAGUGGAGGAGCUCGUGGACAAGCUACUCGAUGACAAAGUCGUACUGGUGAUCGUUGAUGACCUACUGGAGGACGUUGAGGUACUGGACGUUGUACUAGUGGUCGAAUUUCCACUUGACGACAGCGACGACGAGAAACUGGAAGAGGAGCCGGAGGAGGUGGUGCUGGUCGUUGUGCUUGAGCUCGACGAUGAACUUGAAGUAGUAGAGGUCGAGGACGAACUCGAAGAUGAAGCCCCGAGAGCCCUCACUCCAAACACCUCGUAA